AUGAGUGGCGCUCAAUUUCUCUCCAGGCGUAUUCUGAGAGCGACUGCCCUUCGCCUCCUAAAUCGUCGAUUUGCUUUUGCCAUAGCAGCGACAGCUACGUUCAGCGCCAAGUCAGUCCACAUAUAUGCUCAUCUCGAUGCGUUGCAGAAGAGAGAUCUGCUCCUUUGGGGGCUCUCUUUCUUCUCACAAGACACGGUAUUUCUAUUAGUUAUUCGCAUGGUCAUGGAUCAGUCCCUGGGCAGCGCUUUAUCCACAUUGGUCACACUUAUGGUGCUGUUUCUGCUUGCGACAGCCGCAGUAUCCGAAUCCUUUUUCUUCACUACAGGGACAGAACUGCAGUGGCGCAAUGUUGCUCUGGCCGGUGAUUCGUCUUCAUGGUCAACACUCUCAGCAGGGUGGAUAUCAUGUUUAUUAUCAUCUAUCGCUUUGUUUGUGAUUGCACAGAUAUUCCAGUAUCCCUUUGAUAGAGUAUCCAGCUGUGCACUGGAGAUAUUAAAGUGGCCGGUCUCAUUUAUUUCCAAUAAGCUGCCGGUAUUGAAUCACUGCAGCUUAUCAGGAGCGACGUAUAAGCAUCUAUCUCAACAGGAUGUGGAAUACAUUGAAGAGGUUUACAAGGACGAUGAACUUGAGGAUCAGAGACUAGAGAACGAUACUGUGCAGCCAGCCAAAUGCUCAUCUUAUCUGAGACUAUUUGUUGGCCUUGUAUUGGUAGCCCAGGUCAUGUGUACAGUUACGCGGCCAACAAAUCACUCGCUUAUAUUCAUGUCCUGGACAUUACCGCUUAUGCCAUUUGUGGAUGUCAUCUUCUCAGCGCCUUCUUUAGCCAGUCUCCUUGCAAUGUCAGGCAAUGUCGAUGACGCGCUACAUAACGUUACGGCUUUAGGCGAACCGAUUCCGUGGACUUGGUUACCAAAUAACAUGUCACUUCAAGGGUUUGAAGAUUGGUAUGAAACGGGCAAAAAACAUUACAGAGCUUUGGCUGACCCACUGAAAAUUUCAAAUCUUGAAGAAGAUUUGCUUCUGCCUCUCCGGGCCAAUCUAGACGAUGUUCCCAUCCGACAUGUUUUGCUAGUCAAACUUGAGAGCACGCGCAAAGAUGUCUUUCCAAUCAAGAAAAACGGCUAUAUAUGGAAUCGUCUCGCUCAUUCAUUUGGGAAUUCGUCGCUGCCGGCGGAAGCGCAAGAAAGGCUGUCUACCCUUACCACGACUGCGAAGUACCUUACCGGAGACUUGAGCGACGGUUUUGGUGAAAAAUCUGGCACACCACGCGGUGGUAUCAAUGCGAAUAACGCUUUUACUGCCAGUACUUACACGUUGAAGAGCUUAGUUGGGACGCAUUGCGGCAUAAGCCCACUAGCUGCUGAUUUCAACGUUGAGAUGGACCAUCAUAUCUACCAACCCUGUCUGCCUCAUAUUUUUGAAGCAUUGAACCAGCUAAAUCACAGCGACGAUGAGAUAUCGAGCCAUAAUUUUACGUCGUACAAGUGGAAAACUGCUUUCAUGCAGUCAGUAACGUUAAGAUAUGACAAACAGGAUCGCCUCAUGCCGAAGAUAGGAUUCACUCACCCGCUAGGUUCUUUUGAAUUGAAGGAUAAGGCAGCCAAGCUCGGACCAGUCGACCUACCCGAUAUUAACUACUACGGCAUGCCUGAACGUGCUAUAGAAGACUACUUGCGGGAUGCUUUUGCGUCAGCUAAGAAAAAUAAUGAAAGAGUCUUCUUAUCCCACUUGACGAGCUCGACGCAUCACGAUUUUGGCUUGCCAAAAGACGAGAACCGUGUGCCGCUGGCUAACGACCCCGACCUUGAAGAUCUUUCACGCUACCUCAACACGGUGGGCUUUGUUGAUCGCUGGUUGAAUAGAAUUCUUCACAUCUUGGAUGAAGAAGGCGUUGCAGAUGAGACUUUACUCGUCGCUGUUGGAGACCAUGGCCUCUCCAUCGCAGAGCGAAGAAGCAUCACUCCGUAUAGCAACCCACACGUUGCAAAUUACCACGUGCCGCUGGUUCUAUCGCAUCCCAAGCUUCCAAGCAUUACCAUCGAUGACCCGGUCACCUCCAUACAAAUUCUGCCAACCAUUCUGGAUCUUCUCCUUGAGACUAAGUCUCUCGCAAAAUCCGAGGCAGAGGCAGUGCGCGACAUGAUCCAAAACUAUGAGGGCCAAUCCCUCUUACGGCCACUGCAAAAAUUUUCUGAGAUCAAUGGACAAGGAGGCUGGCAGCACACAGUUAUGAAUCCCGGCGGCUCAACAGUCUCUGUUCGGGACGCUCGCCAGCCCAACUGGCGACUGAUUGUGCCCGUCUUCGGAAACUACGAAUGGAGGUUUACAAACCUAGAAACAGAUCCGCACGAAGACGCUCCGUUGGUGUCAUACGACUUUAAAACUCUCUUGCGUAUCGUGCAGGAAGCAUUUGGGCCUGAGGCCGCGACGUGGGUGAAAGAGGCUGCAACCGUUACUCGGUGGUGGACAGACGAAAAUUAUAAGCGCUGGCGCUACAAUAAAUAA